AUGAGAGCAGAAAAAGAAAGCGAUAUUGAAAAUACCAAGUGUAAAUUGUGUUUGUUAUUAUGUAUGGAUGUGCAAGCUGUUAAAUUGUUACCCCAAACAAAUGCAAGUGCUUCAUAUUAUGAAAUGAAAUUACAGGUGCAUAAUUUCACCAUUUAUGAUAUUAUUAGUCAUGAUUCCGAUAAUUAUAUCUGGGACGAAUCGGAAGGCAAUCUUUAUUCUAAAAACGAAAAUUUAGUGUGGCUUAUGCUGUAUGAACUACAUGAAAGGGCAUUCCAACAGCGAAGUGCUGAAGAGGCUAAACAACAACAUGUUUUAUAUGAGAAAUCGAACAUAAAAGAUUUAGCUGAUUUCCUGUGGACAUUUCGUUCAAAACUCGCUGCGUCUAUUUCAAGAAUGAGAGUUAAGUAUGGUGCGCUUCAACUUUCCCAACUACUUCCUAUACACCUGCAAAAUGAAAAAGUAGCUAUAGCUGCCAUUAAUCCCGUUGUAACGGGCUGGAUUAAUCCGUUCUUAAUAAGAGAUAAGGAUGCCGCUGAAAGACUUUUAUUAAAAUAUGGCUUUGUUUUAAGUGAGAAUGAAACAGAAUUACAGACGGCUCAAUUUAAAUGGGACAACGUAUGUCCACUCUUUUUAUCGUGUAUUCCAGUCGACAGAAGCGAAUUUACAAAGUCAGAUCUUGUUGUGAAACAUUAUUUUAUAAUGCAGGAUCGUACUUUUUCGUUAGGACCUGCAGUAAUGGCCAGAUUGCUUAGCUUUUUUGAUCUGAACGGCGAUAUCUUACAAACACAUAUAGAUUCACCUCGAUCAACUGCGUAUUUAGCAUCACUGUUUUAUUCAGUUAAUCGAAUUAAUAAUUUUUAUGUUUACGGCUCCGGAUCAAAUCUUAAACGAUUUAGAAAAUAUAUGGAAGAUCUGGGUGUAAAUAACAUUCGGCUAUUUGCAGAAUCUUUUACAUCAUUUCCUUUAGAGUCUAACCGAUUUCGAACUGUAGUCGGUAUCUUUGCAAAUCCUCCAAACUCAUUUAGUGCAAUAUCAGAUCCAAUCGAUUUAAUAUGCUCUCGAGGAGGGGAUUUGGGAAUGUUGGAAAUAUUGACAGAAUCUUCUAUAAGCGAUGAUGGAAAACAGCGCGUUUCUUUAAUAUUGGAGGAACAACUUCUUACUUUACGCAUGGCAAUGUCUCGCCCUCAAAUUCAAUUUCUCCUUUAUCAAACUCAUUCUGUCGUAAGCAGUGAAAAUCAAAAGAUGGUAGAACAAACUAUCAACAUGAUUAAUAAGACAGCAUUGAAAAAACAUCGUGAUGCUUUUUUAGAAAAAAAGCGAUUAGAAGCAUUAGAAGAAGCAGAAGCUGCAAAUAUACCAUCGGCUGCAAUGAACACAAAUUCGCCGAGAAAGCAAAAAAAUACACUUGAAAAUAAACCCCAUCCAAAUACUAAGCCUGAUUCUGCAAUGCUAACAAUGGACCAACAAAAUAUUGGAUGCCCUGAUGAUGAUGAGGAAGUUAAACUGCCCGAAAUUGAUGAAUUUGUAUUUAUUGAUUUACCUGAUCUUUGCAAAAAUCAAGAUAAUUGUCUUCAAACUCAAGAUAACGGUUGCUUUCUUUCCCUGUUGCAGCGAAAAAGCAUAACUCGGUUAAAUGCAAAAUAUCUUAUACAAACUGCCGAAAAAAGAGGAUUAUUUGGAAAAGCUGAAGAUAGCAAAAUAUUGAAAUCAAAACAAUUUAAAUCUCAAGAUUUUAAUGUAGACCACCAAAACCUAAAAUUGAUUGAUGACGAAGAUAUUAAAAAGAGUAUUCCAAAUGUGGAAAAUCUGGUUGCACGGCUUGAAACUCCAACGAAUGCUAGCAUAAUCCGUUCAAACUUAGACAAGGCAUCCAGCAGGAAGAAGCCAAUUCGGUUUAAUUAUAAAAGAAGAAGCUGUGCCAGACACGGGAUAUUAUUAGUUCGCAAUAGACUGGACUAAUCUCCCAAGGAUCAACGGUGCUUGACGACAGGUGGUGAAUGUACAGGUUUUCUGUCCGUCCGUAUUAGUUUGUUCGGGUAUUUCAGGUAAGUAUUGAAUAAUAUAUUAUAAGAAUCAUUUAAAUAAUUUGUUUUUUUCUUUUUUUUUUGUAUAUACUGGUUUCCGGCAACCUAUGAGUUCAAAUCUACCGCGGGAUUGUUCUUAACUAGGCCUGAGCUCAAUCCUAUCCUUACGCGCACGCCUGGAUCAAUUUCAACCCGCGGACUGGCUUCGAGCAACUAACGUAAG